GAAUGAUGGUCGAUCUCAAUUGGAAUAUUCGUGGAGCAUAUUCCUCCUAUUUCCAGUCUGCCAUUUGAUAUUUGUAGCUCAUUGUUCUCAAUUUAGCCUCCAUAAACCCAGGAGUAGGUGGCAUGGCAUCCAAAAUAUUAAGCACAGUGAGGGAGUUAGUGUUAGUGCCAGACUGAGGAAUGUGUGACCCAACAGCUGCCACACUGUGACCUUCCUGGAAACCAACAUCUGCAGUAUAAUGCCCUCUUUGGAUCGCAGAUGAUUGUCAAUCUCACUAAAUAGUAAUAUCUUAUAACUGGUAUGUGUUAGUAUUGCAUUUCAAGAUAAUUAUGAGACGAGUCAUGAUGCAGAUUUUUAGCUUGUCUGUCACUAAACCCAUUUGUGGAAGUGGUGGUCUUGUAACAUGAUUCUCACUCCUUGUUUGCAGAAUGACUUUAGCACUGCGCAAAUUGAAGACAUCCGAGAUGCCUUCUCACUGUUCAUUAAGUCACCCAAGGGUGAAAUCUCACUUGGUCAGUGUGGGGAUGUGAUGAGGGCUUUGGGUCUGAACCCUACCAAUGCAGAAAUCUUUAAAGUGGUGGGGACAUCAAACCCUGAAGAGCUUAACUACAAGUUAAUCAACUUUGAGACAUUCCUGCCCAUGUUCCAGCAAAUGUCAAAGUCUUCAAAAACUGGCAAAUAUGAGGAAUUUGUGGAGGCACUACUUGUCCUUGACAAGGAAGGCAAUGGCACAAUCAUGUGUGCCGAACUCCGUCAAAUGCUUCUCACACUUGGUGAACAGUUAACUGUGAGUGAAGUGGACCGCAUUUUUGCAGGACAGGAAGAAUCAGAUGGCUUCAUCAGCUGUGAAGCUUUUGUGAAACACAUCAUGGCAGAAUGAAGGCCUGACUCAGGUAAAUAAAUAUAUAUAUAUAUAUAUAUAUAUAUAAGUUGAAGACCCAUAUUUUACAGAAUUUGUAAUGCAGAAAGCAUUUACUGUAACAUUUAGCUGAUCAACUAAAUGUUUGCGUUGAAUUCUGCCUUACUUAGUGUGAUUUAAUAAAGGUGUCUGCUAAAUGAAUACACAUAAUGUAGUCAAUGUACCAACCAUUGCAUGCUUUGAAGUGAUACAGUAUAUCCUAAAUAUAUCAUCUAAAUUAUACAUCCUAAAUAUUUAGUCUAUUUUUAGGAUUUAUGGACCAACAUGUCAUUUUGUACAUAAUUCUUUCAACUAACUUUCGUGCUGUUUAUACUCCUGAAAGUUCUGAACAGUACACCAACAGUAGCUGCCUGAGCAAGACUUCAAGUGUAAAGUGUGUCAUUCAUCAUGGAAGUCUGCUGACUCAAAAGGCCUGCAAAUGAAUCAGACCUGCAUCAAAUGCCUUAGAAUUGAUUUAAUUGCUAUAAAUAGUUGAAAAUGUAUUUAAUGGUUAUAAAUAGGUGUUAAAUGUAAAAAAUGCUGUAAGUUUAAAUGAGAUUAAAAGUAUGUUUUAAACUGUUACUUCUGC